AUGAAGCAGAAAGUGGUGCUAAGAGUGGAGUUGAACAAUGAAAGAACCAAGCAUAAGGCUAUGAAAACAGUAUCUGAUGUUCAUGGGAUUCAAUCUGUUUUUGUUGACCUGAAAGAGAAGAAAAUGGUCAUAUCAGGGAACAUUGAUCCGGUGUGUGCUGUGUUGAAGCUACGAAAGUGUUGUCACACUGAAAUAGUUUUAGUUGAAGCAGCAAAAGAGGAGGAAAAAGAGAAAGAGAAAGAGAAAGAAAAAGUAGCUGUCAAGGUGUAUGAAGCCUAUCCACUUUCUUAUCAGAUGAUACCACCACAGUACAGUCAUGGUUACUAUGUCAAGGGUUACGAGGAUAAUCCUUGUGGCUGUGUUAUCUUCUAA